GUCGGAACGGCCGCGCUCCCUCGCCCCGGUGCCCCGGGCAAAGAGCGGGAGCAGCCGGGUCCUGCCCGGCCGUGCUCCCCCAGGACCGACGAUCUCCCACGGGCGGAGCGAGGGCCUCUGAGAACGAGGAUCAGCUGCUCCGCUCCGUGGAGGGCCAGGCUGCCUCUGACGAGGAGGAGGAGGAGGAGUGGGCAGCAGAUCCGCCGUCCCAAGCAGACCAGCUGAAGAAGAUGCUGACCAGGCUCCCUCGCUGCGGCAGUGGAUGCGAUGAAAAAACGUGGAAAAAGCUGAUGUCUUACUUGGAGACCACCAACACGGACAGCUCCGAAAGAGCCCCCGCGGAGCUUGUGGAAAGGAUCCCGCAGCCGACCCAGCAGCUUGAGCUGAAAGGGCACGAAGUGAAAAAACUGGAAACAAACAUGGGAGAGAUGAAAGGGCUGCUGCUGGGGGAACUGCAGCAAAAGGCGGAGGAGACCGAGUUGCUGAAGACGGAGCUGCAGAUGUUGGAGACUGAGAGAGUCAGGCUGUCACUGGUGGAAGAGAAGCUCAUGGAUGUUUUACAGCUUCUUCAACAGCUUCGAGACUUGAACAUAUCUAAGCGAGCCUUGGGGAAAAUCUUGCUGAGCACUUUGGAAUCCUGCCGGGACCCCCAACCUGGGAAAGCUCACCUAUUUGAAGUCCUGGACACUCUUCAGCACCAGCUGGCAGCCUGUGAACUCUUGCAAAUCCAGCCUCUGGGGAAGGCGCGGAGUCGCCAGCCCUUGUCUAACCCCCUGGUCAUCUCGUGCUGA